GAACACACACUGAGCUGUGAGGAAGUUUCUAUCAGUGUGUGUUCAUGUGUUCGUGGGUUCACGUGUGUGUGUCCGCCUCCCUCCCUUCAUUUCCUCAAUCCCACUCCACGGGUAUUCAGCGGCACGGGAAACAAACUCACUCACGAGCAGCUGACGACGAUGACAGGUAAGAUAACUCCUGAGGAAUUCACGACAUUUGAGGUUUUUGUAGAUUUUCGCGAUAACUUGUGUUACGUCAAAGUGUGCGGCUGUCAGAGGACUAAAACCACCGACCAACAAGACUGAGUCCACACCGACAGAGAGCUGCUGUUGCUCCGUGAAAAAAAACGUGUUUUUAACAGAUUCUUACACAACAGGACAAACCGAGCUUUAGUUCAGACACUGAAGUCACAUAAUCGACUCGAACACGGAGGAAUUUCCCGCGCUGAACGGUUUAAAAUGGCGUCAAAGUAAAAAAAAACCUUUGUUAAAAAUGUUAGAUCUGAAAUGUAUAUUUGUGUUUGUUUGUAUAAAUGUGUUAUUAUCACGUUAAUCGAUCCGAAAAGUGGCUGAUUCACCUGAGAGCAGGUGGAAUCGCAGCGCUGCUAUGAUGGUCGUUUCCUUUUGCUGCAUUUAAGGACUGUCGGACUUACGGGCACCGCAUAAAAUACAUGAUAAAUCCGUGUUUAUAUGGAAGUAUAUCUGUGCCAUCUGAUUAUGAAUUUGAAUUCUUAAAGCCGAAUUUUUUUUUUGCAUUAAAAUCAGACUUUGAAUUUCAAAACCAUCGAAUUUCAAGCGCGCAUUUUUAUUUCUUGUACAGUUUUUUCUCCCACAAUGAUGAAAUAAAUUCAGUGUAAAAAAAAAAACAGUCUCUGAAAAUAUUUGUAAAAAUUCAACAUAGAAAAAUUUCAUUGUCAAAUAAUUCCGUGUAAAAAAAAUCAGUCUCGUAAAAUAUUUGUGUAGUAAAAAUUCGACCACAUCCGGGAAAGCUCCGAUCUGGAACGGCUCUGAUUUUCGCCGUACGCCAAUUCCUACCGGAUCCGUUUGUGAGGUAAAUUUCGUGGCAGAUUAUGGACAGCAGGAAUCACGAAAACUCACAAGAACCUGCGGAUAACGUGACAUCACGUGAUAACAAGUUGUCUUCAGCCACUUAGACUAACCUUAUAAGCAGUAGAUUGUGUCCUUCCAGAGGAGGAAAUCUACUUCUAGACUUCUAGAAUCAGCAUCUCCUCAUCCAUGGUGUCAUCGGGGUGAAAUGACGUCUAAAAACCUUUCACUUGUUCAUCCCCCCGGAGUGUUUUAUUUUGAAAAGAAGCCAGAUGUUUUAUUUUGUGUCUGUGCCCGACUUCCUUUCCAGCACGGGUUCAUCUGUGCUGAAUUUAUCCGCCAUGCUCCGGCGUCUGGAAAAUAUAGAACUCUUGCGAGCAGCUGAGGAGUCCGAUGAUCCGCAGAGGAACGGAAAGAAGUCGGUGUAAAUUGACACGUUAACUUGAAUGGUUACGAUCAGCUACGAUUGGAGGAUACAACCUUUUUGUAACCGUGGAAAUUGCCCGUUUUGGCGACUUCAGAAACUCUAAAAUUCUAGAGACAUUUAAAGGGUCAACGAAUAGGAAGGAAUGAGGCUAGGUACAAAAAAGCUAAACAGCUUCUACCUUCUCCUUUUCGAUCUCCAAAAAAUAGUGAAUUUCUUGUCUAAAAUUGUGCUGUAUGUAUAUUUGAUCGGAUAAACGAUCUCUCUUUCUCACUUUGGUUUGACUUCGCACGCCUCUUUAGCUAACCUUCAGCCUCCUGUCUGCUGAGGGCGUGGGCGGGGCCAGGAUGAGUGAAGAGCUGCUAUUGGAGGAGACGCUCAUUAAGCGAUCGCAGCAGAAGAAGAGGACGUCGCCGCAGAAUUACAAGGAGCGACUGUUCGUCCUCACCAAGAGCCGGCUGACGUACUACGACGGAAAAGCAGAGGUCGGAUUUACGGGGCGAUUCCGUUCGCUUGUUGGUGUCUUUAUUUAUGCAACUGGAAACUGAAAAAAUUGAAGGACUUCUGUCGUUGAUUCGUGAAAACGUUGAUGUCCAUCCACAGAAAAGGUUCAGGAGAGGCUGGAUCGAGCUGAGCCAGAUCAGGUGUGUGGAGAUCGUCAAGAAUGGAGGAGGAAUCAUCCCCUGUCAGAACAAAUAUCCGUUUCAGGUACGGGUCCACAACUUACGCACUCAGCUCCCUCUGGACUCUUCUGUGAAUUUUACUUUAGUUUUUGAAAGUGGUUUUUGUGAAACAGAAAAAAACUAGAUGAGUCAGGAAGGUCUCGUGGUCAGAGGUAGAUGAGCUACGGUUUUAGCUAACUGGACUACUGUCCUUGUCCCAGUGGUGAGAUGUCGUCUUUCAGCUUGUUCCUAUUUGCCGUCUCACCAUGUACCAAAACAAUCAACAAACAAGUCAACAAAGUGCAAACAGACUGUACGGUAAACCAUAACAAACCAUUCAGCCCAGUCUUACUACCUGCUUCCCUUCUUCUUCUUCUUCUUCUGUGGAGGUUUUGUUUACUACUCGGCUUCCUGCAAACAUGAUUUUUCUGUUUAACUUCUGGGUCAUAAACUGUGGAACACGUGCAGAACAUUUAGGCCAGUUUCAGUCCAACAUCCGAGAGAAAAACCCUAUUGAGAGAUGAAUGUUGCCGACCGCUUACUUCUCUAGUUAUACCAACUUUAGGAACGACCGCAGGAUAGAAAUACAGAGAGCCACGCCCCCAACCAAAACGCCACUCUAUAGCCACAAAUAAUGCUCAGAACAGCACUUAACUUCAUCAACAGGACAUAUAGGGUCACAGACAUAGUACUAGACACCAAACAUCUUUAUAACUUUGACUCAUUUCUUUAGCAAAGAGACUAAACACAACUCACCUACUCUCUUCCAGCAGACGCUUGUUUGUAGAGAGACCUCAGGCCAGAACAUUACGGACUACAGCGGGGUGCUGCAGCUCAAGGAAGAACAUUUAUGAUCAUUUCUUCAUGGAAAUACAAUCAAACUGAGACGCUAAGACAGAAGAACUACCGCGUCUGUAAAAUGAUCAAUAUGGUGAUUAUUACUUCAAGGAAAUGAUAAAGAAAUGAUCAUAAAUGUUCUUCCUUGAGCUGCGGCACCCCGCUGUCGUCCGUUACUAAAGUUGACUGUUGACUGUUUAUAGAAUGGACGCCGUCUGCCAAGAGCUUUUUGGCUUCAAAUCCGCAUACCGGCAUAAGGCAGAACCAAGUUGUCCAGAGUAUAGACGGUCUAUGGUCUGUAGUAACUGCCCGGUGUUAGCUAACAAUGCUAGAAGAGCUAAUGACUCAUUUGUUUGAAUAAUGACCAACAGUUAAAAGUGGAAUCAGAUGGUUAAUCUUUUUGGCCUUUAGUGGUUUUACCAUAAAAAUAUGAAAUAAUGAUUCAUAUGUUGUUAUAAAAUCACUUCAUUGGUUUCUUUGACCAGGUUUGUGUUUCUUGUUUUAGGUCGUGUACGACACCAACACUCUCUAUGUGUUUGCUCCAAGUCAUGACAGCAGAAGUCUGUGGGUCCAGAGCCUUAAAGAUGGUUGGUAUCUAUUCUAUUCUACUCUAUACUCUCCUAAUUCUGUUCCAUUCUAUCAUAUUCUAUUGCGGCGUUCGAGUUACCGCAGAAGUCAGAUGUCGGAGCUGAAAAUGACGUCACACCAGAGUUCCCAGGGUUUCAGUUACCAAGUCGGAAAAAAGGAAAAUCGGAGGCCUGAAACAAGAUGGCUACAUCUAUGCAAGUUAUUUUAGCGCUUGCCUUGUCCGAAUAUUAGGAAAGCGAUAAAAUAACACUAGAUGUAGCCAUUUUGUUUCUGCGUCCGAUUUUGCUUUUUUUUCCGACUUGGUAACUGAAACGCUGGGAACUCUGGUGUGACGUCAUUUUCAGCUCCGACUUCUGACUUCCGAGGAAACUCAAGUGCCGCAUAGAUUGUCCUUCUUCUAUUUCUUUUUCUAUUCUGUUUUAGUUUAUUGGGUUUUUUUCUAUUCCAUUGAGCACUGUCCUAAUUCUGUUCUAUUCUGUUCUUGUGGUCAGGUAAUAAAUUUAGCCCACUCUGUUCAGUGUUCGAUGCUCUGCAAAGAUCUUUUCACACUUCGACCACAACCGUGCAAAUAGUUUUCACACUUAUUUCCCAUCAGCCUCUGCAGUUUCCACCGCUCUCCUCUGCUAUUUUCACUCAGUGAUUCGGACUGAAGUCACUGAUAUUAAGUCUCACAGAUGAGUUUAUGUAUUUAUGACAUCAUUUGUACCUUUUAUGGCUCCAGUGACCUUUGAGUGAACUCACCCACACUGUUAGGAAGUCUGAACCUGAUCAGAUCUAAACGCUCUCAUGAUAGAGUUUUUUUAAGGGCGUGGCUGCCCAAAAUAAACCAAUCACAAGUGUAAUGUCUUGUCUAUGAGAAUCUUGAAAACAGAUUUUUUCACUCUAGUAGAAAUUUAGUAGCUAAGAUUUUAGUGAAUUAGAGAAAACUUUCACCAUCCAAACAGCAGCGCAUGAACUGAUGAGUCAGCAUUUUUAAGCUCCAACCAGGAUGGAGACCGCCAAAGUGACGUACUUAAAGGUGGGGUCGGCAGGAUUCUGUUAAAGAAGCAGCUUUUUUUGUGGUGUAUUUACAAAAAAUCUUCUAAUAUCAGUCAAUAGUUAUUAGUUAUUGAUGACAUUUGGUAAUAUAUCGAUAUCUCUGUGUUCUCUUAUGUCUGUGUCGUCAACAUUUGAACAUUUUUGAGCGGUCCGCUCUUUCUGACUGUAAACAAAGCCGUUCUCCACCUCCUCUAACCUGAUUGGUUAAACAAAACAGUCAACAAGAAAACAGUCAACAAGAAAACAGUCAGCAGGAAAACAGUCAACAAGAAAACAGUCAACAAGAAAACAGUCAGCAGUAAACCAGUCAACAAGAAAAAAGUCAAGGAGUAAAAAGUCAACACUAAACCAGUCAACAAGAAAAAAGUCAAUAAGAAAACAGUCAACAAGAAAAAAGUCAAUAAGAAAACAGUCAACAAGAAAACAGUCAAUAAGAAAACAGUCAAUAAGAAAACAGUCAAUAAGAAAACAGUCAACACAAAAACAGUCAACAAGAAAACAGUCAGCAAGAAAACAGUCAAUAAGAAAACAGUCAACACAAAAACAGUCAACAAGAAAACAGUCAGCAAGAAAACAGUCAAUAAGAAAACAGUCAACAAUAAACAGUCAGCAAGAAAACAGUCAACACAAAAACAGUCAACAAGAAAACAGUCAACACCAAAACAGUCAACAAGUAAACAGUCAGCAAGAAAACAGUCAACAAUAAACAUGGGGGACGCUUGGGGAUCAACAAGGUGACCCUGUAACCUUUCUGCUGGACAGGUAAACCGCUUUAACAAAGUAAGACAAGUGUCUGUAACAGAAGUGUUUCUUGUCAACGGACCUGCUGUAGCGUGUUGUACGCCAUCGUAAACAGUCAGCAAGAAAACAGUCAACAAUAAACAGUCAAGAAACAGUCAACAAGAAAACAGUCAACACCAAAUCAGUCAACAAGAAAACAGUCAACCAUAAUCGGUCAACACCAAAACAGUCAACAAGAACCAUUAAUACAAGGGGUAAUCAUAAACAGUCAAGAGACAAAAUACUUUUAACUGAGCUUUAUAACAUUUCUGCUCCCCCGUGUCGUUCAGGAGCCCAAACAAAGUUAGCGUGCUACAAUAUCGGACAGUAGAAACCAACCAGAAAGUUCGGAAAAUUGUCUGAAUCUGCUUUUCUUUGGCCACGACUGCCGACACAAGCAAGAAAACAAAGUAAAUACCGGAGACUCUGGAGGAAUAACGGGCGCUUAAAACGGAGGUAGACCGGACAAGAGCUAAAAAGCCGGGUCAACAUAAACCAUGGGGGACGCUUGGGGAUCUUGGUGACCCUGUAACCUUUCUUUCUCAUAUCUGAUUUUUUCAUCUAAGUGUGAACAGGUCAAUUCUGAUUGGUUCUAAUCCGACCCAGGCCUCUUCUGUAUGUGGAUAUAAAUCGGAUAUGUAUCCGAUGUGACUGCAGUGUGACGCUCAGGUCGCGUUCAUCCGACCUAUACGUCGUCAAUAUGCGACAAACGUCACCAUUGUUCGACGACACAAACAGGCGCGGAAGGCAUUUAGUGUUUUGUGCGCAUGCGGGUCACUUCACAGACGCAUUCCAUUGUUGUAAUGUGAACGACCGCACAAAAAGAUCGGAUUUAACAAAAAAGUCGUGGCCUUAUUGCCCUCGACUUCGUUGUAUACUGCCCCCAAGUGGCCAAAGAUUAAAUCUUAAACUGAACCCUGGAGACUGAACUCCCUUCUGAUCUUUUUUUGUUGUUGUUUUGUUUUGUGCAGAGAUCAGAGACAAUCUGGUCAUCAUGGCAAAGUUCCACCCUCAGUUCUGGCAGGAGGGGGCGUGGCUUUGCUGUCGUCAGGCGGAAAAACAGGCUCUGGGCUGCGAGGAGUACAACCUGUUUGGAGACAGUAAGUGAAACCUCGCACGACCACGGUCACCUUAAAUGAACAAACAAGAGUAAUACUACCAUGAGAAAUACUGCUAAGUGCUGAUUUAAGUGUCUUUUUAGGAUUUUUAGAGGUUGUUAGAAUAUUUUAGGAGUUUAGGCUCGAACUGUUUGGAGUAAAAUCAGGAUAAUGAUGAAGACUGUUGGAAUAAAACAGCCGUGAAGCUGCUUCAUGAAGCUGACAGAAACCAGUUUUAAGGGGAUUUUUUACAGUAAGGAGUCAAACUUCUGCACUUUUAAGCCUCUUAAAUGUCAGAUCAGCAUUUUUGAAACUUUUCGCCCCAAACGUUUCCAAAACAGAGAGUCAUCAGCUGCAGUCAGACGAGAGCGCAGCAGUGUUUCCAGUCAGAGAUCAGUUCUUCUUGUGGUUUUGACUCGACAGAAGUAAAACCUUAAAAAGGAGAAAAGAAGCAGAAAUGAAAACAGACGCCGGAGCUCGUCGCACCGAACAGCUGCGCCGUUUUAACACGCUUCUCAGUCAACGGUCACCCGCAAUGAGCUGAGAGGUGGAGUAAAUAUUCGACAGCAUGAUGUCGAGGUUUGAAAAGAAACUGAGUUAAUUUUGCAGAAGCAGAAACUCCAGAUUCAGCGAGCGUGAAAGACAAACAGGAAGUCACUGUGGAAAGUCUAAAUUUAAGGCGUGAGCGUGGUCAUCAGCUCUUUAUCAACAGUGUUACAUAAGACAGGCGGGUGGGGGGUAGGGGUCAAAGGUCACGGCUGUACACAAUAAGAGAUAAGUGUGAAAACAGUAAGAGACUCUUUCUGCUCCUGUCUCAGUUUCUAGGAAACCUUUACCCCCGAUCCCUGGAGAGGAGCCAGCAAAAGAAAGGGUAAUACACACACACACACGCACGCACGCACGCACGCACGCACACACACACGUCUGUAUUUAUACCUGAAGUCUACCUGGUGUUUCCUUCAGCAGCGGCGGCGAGCCCCGCCCGCCCCUCCCUCCGGUCAAGAGGAUGUCUUUGAAGAAGAGGAGGAAGAGGAGGAAGAGGAGGAGAUAGUGGUGGCGCUGUACGACUUUGCCGGUACCGAGCUACACGACCUGAGUCUGGUGAAGGGAGGCGAGUACGUCAUCCUGGAAAAGUUUGAUGCCAACUGGUACAAGGCGCGCAACAAGUACGGGUGAGUGAGCGCCAAAGUUUGGACGUUUGUCUGAAAUCGUUUUUUUCUGGGUUUUCUUUCUCUGACUCCGACACUGUUUUUGUUUCUGUGUGUCUGACAGAGAGGAAGGCUACAUCCCCAGUAACUAUGUAACCGAGAAGAAAUCCGGAAACCUGGAGCAGUUUGUGUGCGUUUGUUAAUCAUUUCACACUGAAUCAACAGUCAACAGUUUUGUUUUCAAGUUAGAGCUGCAGACCGAGGAGGAUCAGGAAUCUCUGCAGAUUAAACAAUUACAGAGGCGCAAAUGUACGGUGGCCGAGAACUGCCACUGCUGCAAAUGAAAAAAAGGAUGCAAAAAAAAAAAAAAACCAACAAAAGUUACUGAUGCAAAAAAAAAAAAAAAAACAAAAAAAAACAAACAACAAAAAAACAAAAACAAAACUAAAGCCUGCUGCAAUUAAAAAAGGAAACGGUGCAUUAAAAAAAAAAUGAUGACGCAAGAAAAAAGUGGCGAUGUAAAAAAAUAAAAUAAAAAAUGAAGCCGAAGCCUGCUGUAAAUAAAAAAAGAAACAGUGCAAUAAAAAGAAAAAAAAAAGCCACAACGGACGUUAACGCCACAAAAAAAAAGGAAGCGAUGCAAAAGAAAAAAAAGAAAAUAAAAGGAUGCACAUUUUAAAAAAGCCACAAAAAAAGUUAACGACACAAAAAAGUUGCAAUGCAAAAUAAAAAAAAAAUUACUUACUGUGAAAAUAAAAAGAUGCAAAUAAAAAAAGCCAUGACAGAAGUUAACGAAGCAAAAAAAAGUGGCGAUGCAAAAAAAAAAGAAAAAAAAAUUACUCACUUCCGAUGUGGCUUUUUGUAUUUGCAUCCUUUUAUUUUUCGUUGUAAUAAUUUUUUUUUGCAUUGACACUUUUUUUUUGCGUCAUUAACUUCAGUUUAAAAAAAAAAAAAUCUGCACCGUUUCUUGUUUUUAUUUGCAGCGGGCUUCGGUUUCUUUUCUUUUUUUUCCAUCAGUAACUUCCGUUGUGGCUUCUCUCUUUUUUUCCCCUUUUUUUUAUUUGCAGUAGUGGCGGUUCUCAGCCACCGUACAAAUGGACCAAAGCUGCAGCAAAACAAAUAUGUUCUGAUCACGUGAAGUCAUUCUCGAUAUCUAUGUUCAUGUUUUCCCUCUAGCUGGUACAGUAAACACGUCAACAGGAACAAAGCUGAGGAGCUGCUGAGGAAAGAGGUGAGCUCAUCUGCCAACUUCCAGAAUCAUCUCCACUUUCGUUUCUUCCACACUUCUGUCGGCAUUUCUUGUUAAUUUCUCUCUUUUCAAACGUAUUUCUGUCCUUUCUUCAGUUUUUGUUCUUGUUACUAAACACACACACACUUCCUGUAGUUCCUCAAGAGUGACAGACGUGAGUCAAUCCCCACAGAGUUCCAUGUAAAAAUGUCUCAAACUGUAAAAGCCGAGAAAAAAAUUUCUGCAACAAACCAUCAAUGAAAGAACGACGACGACGACUUUGUUUCAUAAAAUAAAAUUUUAAAAAAGAAUCAAAAAAUGUGUAUUUUAAAAUCACAUAAACUAAAUGUGUCAAAUCUCACCGACCUGUGUUCAUCUGUGUGUCGCCCCCUGCAGGACAAAGAAGGAGCCUUUAUAGUCAGAGACUCGAGCGACGCGGGAACUUACACAGUCUCUCUCUAUACCAAGUCUCCUGCAGGGUAAACACACACACACACACACACUUUAUAUUCAGAAGAACAUUUUAUAAUUUUUUUUUUUAUUUGAUUCCUUAGUUGAGAGUUUGUUUGAUUUAAAACACAAAAUGUUAAAAGUGUCUUUUAAAGCUCCAAAAGUUCACAGUUAUUUUGAUCGUCGUAUUUAGAGACUUUUCCUGAAGUUAAACUGAAGUAGAAAUAGUUGUUUUAAGAUCUGAACUUCAGUACAAACUCAACAGAAACCUGUUAAAUCCGGAUUUAUUUUAAAAAGUUUUUAUUUUUCUUGUGUGUGUUUGCAGGGAAGGACACCCGGCUAUAAAGCAUUACCACAUCAAACUGACACAAAGCUCGCCUCCACAGUUUUACCUGGCUGAGAAACACCCGUUCAGCUCCAUCCCUGACCUCAUCGAGUACCACAAACACAACGCAGCAGGUAAACACGCGACCAUCACCGAGUCACAGCGCAGGGUUAAAGGGAUAUUCCGGUGUAAAAUUAAUUUAGGGUCAAACACACUGUAGCACUUAGACCCCCCCCUCCAGAGAUGAAUGUUGUCGACCGCUUGAUUCUCUAGUUAAACCAACUUUAGUAACGACUGCAGGAUAGAAAUACAGAGAAUAUUAAUGACCAUUUCUUUAUCAUUUCCUUGAAGUAAUAAUCACCAUAUUAAUCAUUUUACAGACACGGUAGUUCUUCUGUCUUAGCGUCUCGGUCUGAUUGUAUUUACAUGAAGAAAUGAUCAUAAAUGUUCUUCCUCGAGCUGCGAAACUCCGCUGUAGACCGUAAUGGACUGUGGUCGUCAACAUUCAUCUCUGGAGGGGGUGUCUAACUCGGUGUUACCGUGUGUUUGACCCUAAAUUAAUUUUACACCGGAAUAUCCCUUUAAACAAAGGAAAAAGGACCCAAAUGCAGAACUAAGGAUUUAUUUAAGCAAAAAGGAAAAGUGCAACAAAAACUUACUCUCAAAAUGUCCGACUGAAAAAUCCAGAGGAAAAAAAACAUGAGGAGCAAAAUCCUGAACAAACAAAAAGGCACUGGGAAAAACUGGGGAUCCAAACAGACACUGACAUCGACCACAGACAGACAAUGAACAAACCAGUACAGAGGAGAAGACAGGGACUAUAUACACAAACAGGUAAACGAGCAACAGGUGAGGCAGACGAGACACAGGUGAGACUUAACGAAGGAGGGAAAAUUAGGGAAGUAAAACCAGACUAGAAACACAAGGAAUCAUGGAACUGGACAACAGAGGAACAGGAACACUAGGAAAAAUACACACAAUGCACUCAAGACAUAUCAUGACACAUAGAGCCUAAUCUCUGUGGCUGAAAAAUGAAACCAAAUCCAAAAUAAAGCAGUUCCCAGAGUGUCCACUAGAGGCCGGCUCCUGAAUUGAGUCAAGAUUUCACACCCAGUCAGUCCUAACAUUUUUGUGUUUGUGUGUGAGCAUUUACUCACAGGUAUCUGUGUGUGUGCUCCUCAUACCUUGCAUCUCGGAACCCAGCCAAGAAUUUGCACCAUGAGUGACUCUAAAAAAGUCAGAGUUCAGUCCCUCUUCAAAAGUUCAGUUCGCUGAGACGGAGCUGGGUGUGGUUGUGAGCCCAGUUUUAAGUAAGUGGAAGUUCCUUUUCUGCUGGAAAGGUGAUACUCCAUGUAUGAAAGAACAAGUCCACAUUGGGACUGACAUGCCGAGGCCCCUGACCUGAUGGCCACCCUGGUUUGUAUUGCACCCCUGUGUUUAUUCCUGGGGGUGGUGGGCUCACAGGGUGUCAUGGUUUGGUCCAUGGAUGCAAGCCUGGUCACAAGUUUGGCUCCGGGGGUUUUCCCUGGUUUCUCUAUUCCAAGUGUUUCAUAGGGGUUAUAAUAACAAUAAUAAUAACAAUACAUUUUAUUUAUAUUGCGCUUUACAUCUGAGAAAACAGAUCUCAAAGUGCAAACAUAAUAAAAACGACCAAUAAAAGGAGCAAAAGUCAGAAUAUAAAAUCAGCCCAGAAAGGCUUUUCUAAAAAGGAAGGUCUUAAGUCCUUUUUUAAAAGCAUCCACCGUCUGUGGAGCUCUGAGGUGGUCAGGAAGGACGUUCCACGGACAGGGAGCAGUAGCCUCAAAGGCCCUGUCACCCAUGGUCUUGAGGGAGGGGAGGCCAGUGCCGAGUGCAAAGGAUGGGGGUGAUGUGCUUAUGUUUGCGCCUCAUCAGGACCUUGGCAGCGCUGUUUUAGACAUAUUGCCUGGGAUCCUGAUGAGGAGUGCGUUGGUCGUCCUUGAACCACCACUGCAUCAUGGUUCCUUUGUCCCUGUGAAGCUUGGAGCCUUGUUCUUGUUGUUCUGCUUUCACUGCAGUCUCAGACUUUUUGGUUUUAUGCCUCUAUGAUUUCUUUGAAACUUUAGUUUUGUCUCUAUUUGCUCUGGCAAAACCUAAAACUAUUAUCAGAUUAACCGUAUUUAACCUUUUUUUUUUUUUUGGAGUGGUCUAAAAUGUCUGAAUAUUCAUGGAGAGUGUAAACGGUCUCUCGAUCCUGUUUUUCCUGUCUCAGGUCUCGUUGCCAGAUUGAGGUACCCCGUUGGGAAACAAGACAGUUCUGCUCCAUCCACCGCCGGUUUCAGCUACGGUGAGUUGGAUUCAGCGUUUUUGUUUCUCUUUAUCAUCUUUCUCUUUUCUCACCCUCUUCUUUUCUCUAAUCCAGAUAAGUGGGAGAUCAACCCCAGUGAGCUGACCUUCAUGAAGGAGCUGGGCUGCGGUCAGUUUGGUCUGGUGAGGCUGGGGAAGUGGAGGGCUCAGCACAAAGUGGCCAUCAAGGCCAUCAGAGAGGGAGCCAUGUACGAGGAGGACUUCAUCGAGGAGGCCAAAGUCAUGAUGUAAGGAGGGGGGGACAGGAAAUGAUAGAACAGAAAACUUAGCCUUCAUUUAACCUUUGCUACCCUCUUCUGGAGAUUUGUAGUAACUGCAUCAUCGUGCACUCAGAGCAGGCCUGCAGUCUGGGUUAUUACGAUAGAAGUAAAAUUCUAAUAUCACCAAAAUUACCUGUGCUCCAGGAAACUGUCUCACAAAAAACUGGUGCAGCUGUACGGCGUUUGCAGCCAGCAGAGGCCCAUCUACAUCGUCACGGAGUUCAUGGAGCACGGCUGUCUGCUGAACUUCCUCCGGCAGCGACGGGGCAGCUUCGGCGUGGGGUCCCUGCUGAGUAUCUGCCUGGACAUCAGCGAAGGGAUGGAGUACCUGGAGGCCAACGGCUUCAUCCACAGAGAUCUGGUGUUUAUCAGUUUAUUAAAUGUUUGAACGGUGCUUUGUUUAUCACUGGCUGGAUGUGGUCGGUGUCUUUUCCCUCCAAAACUAUAGCGGUCCUGUAAAUUCAUGUGGACACGUGAUGUAAAAGUGUCUUCUCCCUCUUGUGCAGGCUGCUAGAAACUGUCUGGUGAAUGACUCACUGAUUGUGAAGGUGUCUGACUUUGGCAUGGCCAGGUAUGAAUUCAACCCCAUCUGGAAAUUUUCUCACACAUUCCUUUACAGUCUCUGAUAAGCAUCAGGAAAUACCGGAUUACCUCUGAACUAGCUUCACUUUGACAGGCAGGUAGACGGCUGUUUGUAAUUGGUUUGUGUUUUUUGUAGGUACGUGUUAGACGACCAGUACACAAGCUCAUCCGGCGCCAAGUUUCCUGUGAAAUGGUCGCCUCCGGAAGUCUUCAACUUGUGCAGAUACAGCAGCAAGUCAGACGUCUGGUCCUACGGUGGGUAAACUUAACCAUCAACAAAUCAGAUAUGACACACUCAGCUUGACUUGAGUAGAAUCCAUUUAAAGAGGCUUCCAGAAAUUCCGUACGAGAUUCCGCUCUCUUAUCGGGUAUCUUGGUCUGUUUCCAGGUGUGCUAAUGUGGGAGGUAUUCUCAGAGGGUCGUAUGCCGUUCGAACAGAAUCAGAACCAUGAAGUGGUCGCUCUGGUAACUAAAGGUCAUCGACUAUUUAGGCCCAAAUUAGCCACUCCCACCGUCUAUGACAUCAUGCAGAUGUGUUGGCUUGAGGUGAGAGUGUUUCCUGAUAAAAUCCGUUUGACUGUAAAUGAACUUUUGUUUGUUCAUUAAAAUACAAACUUGUUAUUUCAUCUACUGCACACUUUGUUUUCAGAGACCAGACAAACGUCCGACUUUCACUCAGAUCUGCUGGAUGAUCUCUGACGCUCUAGAGGGCGACACCACCUCCCCAAGUUGACCAACUGACCAAUCAGCUUCUUCCACCUUUAACACCAACUGUGGCAGCCAUGUUGGCUCUAACAUUGAGCGUUCGUAUCAUGGUACUUACAGUUUUAGGAACUGACCAGUCAGAUGGGAAAGGUCGCCAAAUCAGAACUGCUGGAGCCGACCCUUCCACCAAUCACAGCGCAGCUGGACUGAUGGCUGAACGAAGUGGAGCUGCUGCUCAUGUUUGUUUCUGUCGUUUUGAGACUUUGACUCCGACAUGAACUGACAAAGAAGAAGAAAACAUGAUAACAACAUCAGCUCAGACCGGAGCGUCCUGUUCGUGAACCAACGAUCUUUUAGAUGAAACUUAAAAACCUUCAGAUAUCUAUAAAUGAUUAAGGGGCAUUAUCACGUAUAAAGAGAUUAAUUCAUUCCUCAGAUAAGACUUAUCUGUGAUAUGUUAGGAAUCUCAUCAGGUGGUUGGAAAUGUACUUUCUUUGUUUGCUUCAUCGCUGUGGUGCUAAUCUAGAUUUCAUGUCACAACUUCUCCUUUAAUAAAAAAUAAAUAUUGUCGAAAUCAA